UGAGGCAGCGGGGGUCCUUCGUCUUCCACCUCCCGGAGUCCCGCCCCGCCCCGCGGUAUAAAAGGCGUCGCCGCAGUCGGGCCCUAGCUGCAGCUGCUGCCGCCGGGUCUCGGUCAGCGCGGAGGGGUGAAGAGCCGGGCGCCGUCGUCUCGCGAUGCCUUCAAUUAAACUACAGAGUUCAGAUGGAGAAAUUUUUGAAGUUGACGUUGAAAUUGCAAAGCAAUCUGUAACUAUCAAGACUAUGUUGGAAGAUCUGGGAAUGGAUGAUGAAGGAGAUGAUGACCCAGUUCCUCUUCCAAAUGUUAAUGCAGCUAUAUUAAAAAAGGUGAUCCAAUGGUGCACCCACCACAAGGAUGAUCCACCUCCCCCUGAGGACGAUGAGAACAAGGAAAAACGAACAGAUGACAUCCCUGUGUGGGACCAAGAAUUCCUGAAAGUAGACCAAGGAACACUUUUUGAACUUAUCCUGGCUGCAAAUUACUUAGACAUUAAAGGUUUGCUUGAUGUCACAUGCAAGACUGUUGCAAAUAUGAUUAAGGGGAAAACUCCAGAAGAAAUUCGCAAGACCUUCAAUAUCAAGAAUGACUUCACUGAAGAGGAAGAAGCACAGGUACGCAAAGAGAACCAGUGGUGUGAAGAGAAGUGAAGUUUUGUGCCUGACACUCUAACACUGUAAGGAUCGUUCCAAAUACUAGUUGCACUGCUCUGUUUAUAAUUGUUAAUAUUAGACAAAUGCAGCAGCAAAUGAAGUUGUAUUAGCAGGAUGUUGUUCCCUUUGCAUGUGUAGUGUUUUUUUUUUCAGUACAGAUUUAAAUCCUAUGGUUGAGUUUUUACCAGUGUAAUCGGAUGUCUUUUUACUUUACUCUGCAAAGAAUAAAACUGAACUAAGUGUGGAUUCUGUAUGGAAAUAGCA